AUGUCAGUCGAACAAAGCUUCAGUAGAAUCGCAGACUCAAUCAUUGGGAAAUCCCUGGAAGCAGUCGAUAUAAAAUCUUUUCCAGCCCUAGUACGUAAUCAGAUUGAAACGUGGAAAGAGCUGUGGCUUCUCGUCUUUGACAAUUUCGAUGAUCCCGCAGAUUAUGACAUCACGGAAUAUCUUCCACAAAGCGAUUUUGGUCUCAUCAUCGUAACAGGUCGUCAUCCAGCAGCCAAUGAUCUUGGUUACUCUAUAACUAUUGGCGAUCUGCUCGAGGAAGAAGCUAUGAAUCUACUUUUCCACCGGACGAAUCAAGAGAGAACCCAUGAGAACAUUGAAGAUGCCCGCAAGAUAUGUUGUCAUCUUUCAUGCUUGGCAUUAGCGGUGGAUCAAGCUGGAGCAUACAUCAAGUCUACAGGAAUCGAACUCAGUCUAUUUAUUGAGCAUUUCAAUGAGCAACAAGAAAAUAUUAUGGCAUGGUCUCUGCCCCUGAAGACUUACAAAAGACUGGACCCAGCGGUCCCCGAUCAAGAAAUAACGCUCACUGUAUCCACUACAUGGGAGCUAUCCUACAAUCGUAUAUCUGGUUCCAAAGAGAUUAUUGAGGCCAAGAGACACUUCCUUCUCAUUAGCGCUUUUUACGAUAGCAAUUGCAUAGAAGAGUAUGUCUUCCGCCAGUUUUUUAAGACGACCUCUGAGAGACCAUCAUGGAUCAAUAUGUUCCAGGACCAGGAGACGCAUAAGUGGAACAGCUCUGCCUUUUUAGCAGUGGUGACUGAGCUCCGAGAUCUCAGUUUGUUUCGAUCGAAUUCAGUGUCGUCACAGGGAGUGGUCUAUUCGUUCCACCCAAUGACGCGAAAGUGGGCGCUAUAUCGUCCGUCUCGAACCAAAAGGCAAGAUCUUGCAUUGGAGGCUAUGGAUAUAAUUGCCAUUUCAAUCUUUGAUCUGUUUCUCUGCAAUGAUUCCCCGCAGAGAAAACUCAUUUGGCCACACAUAGUAUCUUGUUUUCUCAUUUGGGAAGAAUUUGUCUCUGAGUCACAAGCUAUUGGAACUUUUAGAAACAGAAAAACUGGUUUAAAUUUGGCUAAUUCUUCAAAGUUUACUGAGGUUUGUCCUUUUAAGAACAGGCAAAUACAACCUAUAAGAGGCCAAGUAAAGCAAGAGAAGCCAAGCCCUGGACGUAACCGCCAACUGACAAGGUAA